GUGGCAACUUCUGCUAUUGCUGUUUGCAAUACUCGUCAUCAUGGGCGGAAUAGCAGUUCUAGCUGCAAUCUUUGGUCCCGGGAAAGCUACUCUUGAAGAAGAUUAUACAGGUGGUGAAGAUACUACCACAGCACAACCAACAACCACAAAGAAAGCAACGACUGGAGCCCCAUCAGCAACCACUGCUCCGACAACCACAGCGCAGCCAAGAACCCCAGAAAAACUAACAACUUCUGCUCCACCAACAACAACUGCUCCAGCAACCACAGCACAAACAAUAACCACAGAAGAAGCGACAACCACUGCUCAAGCAACCACAGCGCAGCCAAUAACCACAGAAAAACCAACAACCACUACUCCAACAACCACAGCAAAAUCAACAAAACCAACAAGUACUGCACCAACAACCACAACACAACCAACAAUCACAGGAAAUCCAACAACUUCUGUUCCACCAACAACCACUGCACCAACAACCACAGCACAACCAACAACCACAGCACAACCAACAACCACCGCACAACCAACAACCACAGCACAACCAACAACCACAGCACAACCAACAACCACAGCACAACCAACAACCACAAAAAAUCCAACAACUACUGUUCCAUCAACAACCAUUGCUCCAACAACCUAA